AUGGCUGGUACCCCUACCACCAACCCUUCCAUUCACGAGAUGACAGAUUCGGAACUUGCCCGCCUCAAUGAGACUGCUCUGCGAGCAAAGAAAACCAAGAUCGAUAAUGCUCUCGAUGAACUCCAAAAGAAAUUCUUGGAAACCAAGACGCUUAUCGAUCGAGAGCUAGCCAACAGCAACACUGCGACGCCUACCAGCGUCACUGUGGUCGGCAAUACUAUUCGGGGUAUCGACCUGACGAAAGCGUGGACACGCCAUGAAACUGAGAUGCUGAAGCCGAAGAAGCAAAGAGAGCUGGAUCACUGGAACCAUGUUCGGAAAAUGCGAUCUGAGAGUUUCUUCAAUGAUCCGAUCACGAUAUGUUGGGUGAUGAAGACGGCUCCGGCUUUAGAGCUUACAGUUCAGCAAAUGCGUGCUUUGAAGGAGCACUUUGAUACUGAAGAGUUUGGACGCACUGAGAACUAGGAGGAGCAUAUGGGGGAUUGCGGGAAUUACUGGUUGGUUCUCGAGGGGCUUUGAUGGAAUAGAAACGCCAGAAGCUGGAUGGAUCGUAGUGAGUGUCUUGCGGGAGGAACAGG